CACACACUUAACAUUUGGACACAACAUGGCGAUGAGGCGCCGAGAGACACGACGACUCUUCCCCGACUAACACAACCACGUUAUGUUUAUAGGUGGGGGAAACGCGCGACAGGGAAAUACGUGAAAUUACGCGCAACUAAUUAAACCUGAAGAGAUUUUUCCCGAAUUCCAUUAUAUGCAUGUAGCUGUAGCGGUCAUAUAAAGCACACACUGCUUUACUCCGCUGCUGGAAAUCAAACGCUCUACAUGGCGGUGGAGAAUAUCUGGUUCUUCUGUCUACUUUCUCUGGGUUACUGUGGAUUAUCCGUGCAAGAGAAGCCCGUUUCUGUGGAGCUGAGCUGUGGUGCUGGUCCUGUCCAUGUGGUUCUGGAGCCUGAUCACCCUCUGCUGCUGGAAUGCCACCUGGGGGCCAGUGAGCCCCCCCUCAACGUGACCUGGCUGCGGGAUGGGGCGGUUCUCUCUGAAAGCCAGACCAUCCGGCCUUUGCCUAACGGAUCUCUGCUCAUCUUGCCCUCUUCCACGGAUGGCCAGGCUCCAGCGGGUGUGGAGGGCGGAUACAGCUGCCUAAGUACCAGCUCGACAGGAGCCCUGACCAGCCGGGCUCUCACCCUGCAUCUCGCCAGCUUGUCCCGUUUUCUUCAGGAUCCUGAACCUCAGGUUGUGCCAGUAGGUGGCACUGCCCGGUUUGAGUGCUAUAUAGAUGGUUUACCCACCCCAAGUAUCACCUGGGAGAAGAACCAGGUGCCCUUACCUGCACCCACAGAACCUCUAGAACCAUCCAGGUACAUAUCUCUUCCUAAUGGGGUGCUGCAGAUUUUAGGGGUCACUAAAGAAGACGAAGGCUUGUACCGUUGCGUGGCCUUCAACUCUGCCCGCAAGCGCUUCAGCCAAGAUGCUUCUCUCACCGUUAGCCCAGGUCUGUCUCAGGAGAGUGAGGUGGUGAUUGUGGCUCCACCGCGGAAUUCCACAGUGGUCAUGGGUCGUCCGGCUGUGAUGGAGUGCAUGGCUCAGGGUGAACCCAAACCUUUCGUAUCAUGGAGCAGACAGGAUGGGAAGCCUAUAGCUACAGAUGUGGUUGUCUUGGCAACCAACCUAGUGAUUCCUGACACCCGCAGUCACCAUGCUGGAGUGUAUGUGUGUCGUGCCAACAAACCCAAGACCAGAGAUUUUGUCUCAUCUCCCGCUGAACUUCGAGUACUGGCUCCACCAGUCAUCCUCCAGCCCCCAGAGGCGGUGUCCCUGUCCCGGGGCAAUACGGCUCGGUUUGUGUGUAAUAGUUCUGGUGACCCUCCCCCUGCUCUGCGCUGGCUGAAGAAUGGAGAACCGGUCCAGUCUAAUGCCCGGGUUAAGACUCAGAACCCUGGAGUUCUGCUCAUCAACCAGCUGCGGCUGGACGAUGCGGGAUACUACCAGUGUAUUGCUGCCAACAGCCUGGGUACCGCCUGUGCCACUGCCAAGCUGUCCGUCAUUGUGAGGGAGGGGCUGCCUAGCCCUCCUCGUCAUGUGUCGGCCAUACCCCACUCUAGCACUUCUGCACUGCUUACCUGGGACCCACCUGAACAUAAUAGUGACCAGAUCAUUGGAUUUUCAGUACACUACCAACGCACGGCAGGCUCAGACAACAUGGAAUAUCAGUUUGCGGUGAAUAACGACACAACAGAGCUGCACGUGAAGGAGCUGCUCCCUCACACAGCCUACACCUUCUACGUAGUGGCCUACUCACCCAUGGGGGCCAGCCGCCCGUCACAGCCCGUUACUGUGGAGAUGCUAGAAGACGUUCCCAGUGCUUCUCCACAGCUGUCCCUGCUGAGCACAUCUCCCACUGACAUCAGAGUCAUGUGGCUGCCUCUGUCCUCACAGCUGAGCCGUGGAGCCAUCACACACUACCGCAUUGAAUACAGAGCGCUGGAGCAGGUGGAUCACAUAUACUCUGUGGAAGUGAGUGGGAAUGAGACACAGGUGACUCUAAGGGACCUGAAACCAAAUCAAACGUACCAGCUCCGGAUUGCAGCAGGAACACGAGCAGGGUUCAGUCAGUCUUCUGAGUGGGCCUCGCACCACACACCAAACCUUACUCAGGUGCUCUUUGCUCCCACUGAGCUCAAAGUGAGAGCCAAAAUGCAUUCCCUCCAUGUCACAUGGCAGCCACCACCCAAUCACACUCAGAUCACCGGCUAUAAGCUUUCCUGGCGGGAAUUGGAUGGAGAAGAGAUGCCCAAUGAGGAGAAGCUUAUGAUCAGUGAGAGGAUUCAACAGAUCAAACUGAGGAAGAGAGUUAAACACCAUGAGGUCACAGGCCUUGCUCCUGAUCGGCUGUAUGAGGUGAAGGUUUGGGCGUUUAACAAACAGACUGAGGGUUAUCCCGCUGUCUGGAAAGGCAGAACAGAGAAGCUCACACGAGUGCGAACAACAGACUCUCUCCCACCAUUGCCACCCAUCAGUGUCAGGGCUCGUGCGAACAGUUCCACCUCUAUCUGGCUCCGCUGGGAGAAACCACAUUUUAGCAAUGUGCGAAUCAUCAACUACACUAUACGCUGCAGCCCCGCAGGAAUACGCAAUGCAUCGCUGGUCUCAUACUAUACCAGCUCUUCUCAGGAGAUUUUACUGGAAUCACUAAAGCCCUUCACCAGCUAUGAAAUUGCUGUACAGUCUAACGGAGUUGAUAUGAGUGGCCCUUUCAGCAGCACAGUAGAAGAGUCUACACUUCCAGACAGACCCUCUUCUCCUCCUCUGGAUAUGCAGUUGAGUGCACUGGACUCAUAUUCUGUUCUGGUGAGCUGGCGCCCUCCACUGGAGCCAAAUGGUGUCAUUUUGACCUACUGGAUCCUUUACACUGGCAACAUCAGCCAUCCAGAUCAUCUGUGGAUAAACCUCACACAUGAUGGCUCUGUUACCAAUGCAGAGGUUCUAGGUCUCAUGAGUGGGACACGUUAUUAUUUUAAGAUGGGGGCCUGCACUGAACUUGGGGUGGGACCAUAUUCACCUGUGAAGGAUGUCUAUACUCCUCCAAAGAAAUAUGAGCUGGAUAUCCAUGCUGUGACUGGUAUCAUAGUUGGAGUGUGUCUUGGUCUGCUCUGCAUCCUGCUCUGCAUGUGUGUCAGUUUCCGCAAUGGAAAAACACGGGAUGUGUCUGGUGGCCUUGAUUCGAGUUCUUUGAGUCCUCAGUACAGGAAGGGUGCCCGUCCAGUGCCUGCUACUGCGCCUGACUGCAGUGACUGCCAUGAGCUGGAAACCCUCAUGCCCUCUAGUGCACAAGACCCCAACAAACCCCUCACAGACCUCACUGAGGAACAGAGUCUCAUGGCUAAUGUAGGAGGGGCUGAUGAUGGCCUUGCAGAAUCUAAGCCAGCCUGGAAUGGAUCCGUCAGUCGGAACUGGGCCAAUAGGAUCACCAGAUACAGAGAUACUAUAACUGAAGACUCUUCUGCUCUCAUCAAUGGAGCUCUUGAGGGACCACCAUCAGACAACAGUAAGAGCGGGCAUGUGGAGAGGCUGUAUUCCCUCAGCAAGAACCAGGUGGAGGCUGAAGUCAUCGUACAUUCACAGCUGUCCAACACGACGGUUGACCAGGGUCCACAAAGCGACAUGGAGCUCUCUCUGGAGUCUCCAUCUUCCAAGCACCCUUCUCCUGGAGAGAAGGCAACUCCAUCAAACCCACAUCCACCAUACGCUCACAGCGAGGAAAGCCACGAGACUCCAUCUCCAUCUCCGACCCCCAGCACUCACAUCUCAGAAGUACUGUCAAAUCACAAUGGACCAUUCGAGAGUGGGCUCAGCCAGCCGGCAAUGGGCAGUGCCAAAAACCAAGGAGUGGGGCUCACUAAUGGCUUCCACUCAUCCAAACCCCUUCGCUCAAAGGCAGAGACGCUGGAGAACGGGGCCCACAGACUGUGCCCGACAGGAAAGGUUCUGCCCUCACCAGGUCUCCCCGCUUCCCCCUCAUCCUUCGCCAGCUCUGGCCUUGUCCAUUCUACCUCAGGGGCGCAUAACUACGUGUACCCCUAAGCUGGAAGGAAGAGAUGCGUAAUAAACGGUGUUCCCAAAGUUCUGGGAUAGAGAAAGACAACAGAGGAGACCAACGAGUGGCAUCUUCCUGCUGGAGAAGCUGAUAUUUUCUCGUAGCCACGCACGUCUCUUCUCUCGGCUGUUUUAUUGCAACCUUUUGGUUCCAUUAUUUUAUAUGUAUGUACAUAUAGAAUAUUUUUUUAGCACUAGUAUCCAUGGAUAUGCAUUUUAGAGCAUAUCAGUGGCACACUUUAACCCCUCUUUGUGUGCAUGUACGGAAUGUGCUGAAGUGGUUUAUAUGUUUACAUGCACACGUCAAGUCGGAGCGUUCUUACUUAGAGGUGAAGUCGAAGGAUCCUGAAAUCAGCCCUGCAUAUGGAAACAGAACUCACGGAUCGGUCCGAGAUCAGUGCCAACGGCUGGAGAUCUUGUCAGAGAAGAUAACCCUGCCACAAAGUACCACCUCCUGCUGUCUCAGGGUCGCCACACAUAAACACACAAACACACACAAAUCGGAUGUUCCAAAAAACUGGCACCAUUUUUCAGUUCUGUCUAUUCAGGUUUAAAGGGAUUGUUCAGCCAUUCAGCCAUGUCAUUUAUUCUCCCUCACGUUGCUCCAAACCUGCAAGUAAGAAAAGAAUACAAGUAUGGUACAACUUGAGGAUACGUAAAUGAUGAGUUUGAAUUUUUGGUUAAACUGUCUCUUUAACUUCAGAUCAAAGUAGAGGUCGCGUUAACCUAAAAUUGUCCUUCACUGACGUAAUUUUUUUUGUCUGAAAAAUCUGAAGGCCGUCCGGCGCUUUGACAGAUUACACUGAGGGUGAUCUAUUGUAACUUCUAACUCUAAUUCCCAUCCCUGUCGAGUUGGUGGCGAGUGCGCUCCAGUGUAGCAGCAGAGCACAGGGUCCAGAACAAAAAUGAAACUGUCACAAAUGUUUUGCUAUGCGUAUGACUACGCACAGGCAAGUACCCAGAAGCUACAAUGAUCUAUCAUGCCACAUUAAAGAGCACCAAAACGGUAUUUAUUGGUUGAAUUUUCUAAUGAAAUGGACAGAAUUUGAAAUCUGAGACUUUGUUUCAUAUCAAAAGUAACACAAAGCUUAGCCUAUUGCGAUUUAUUGGAAGGGAGGCGCACUAUGUACUGUUCAUUCAUCAACGCUAUACAACAUAGACCAAUUGGGAUUUACGAAUCAAUAUUGGUUCAUAAAUAUGAGAAUAUAUUAAAACUGUGGGGUGUGGUGUUGAACAUGAAAAGUUAUGCAGUCUCAUCUUUUUAUCUGUUUUCUUCAAAGUAAAUGCACAAGCCUAUAUCAUCCUGUAGGUUCAUAAUUAAAAAUGAAAAUGUGAACAAAAAUAAAAGCAAUUAAAUGUGUUAUUAUAAUUAAAAUAUGAAAAUUAAAAUGGCGGAUGAUAAUAAUAGAUUAUGACGGAAUUUUUACGGCCCUGUCAGUCAAAAUGACGGACAAUGUUUAAGUUUAACGCAACUUCUGGAUCAGAGGUACAUUUUUGCAUACGUACACGUGCAGACAAACCCGAAUACAGUACAAAUAAUAACACACAUUCCCUGACUGGAGCGUAGCGUCUCAGGAGUCUCAAAUUCAAGGUGCAUUUGUAUAUACACGAUUGCUGUAUCAACUACAUUUAGAAAAACAUGACAAAAAUUAAGAAAAAAAAAAAUCUUGAAGGAAAACAAUACAAAAGGAACACUAAGAAUCCAUGUACAUUUACUUGUAAAGACACGUCAUACUGAUUCAUGCUCCAAGUUUUUUCUCAGUCAACAGCACUACCUCAUUUCUUUACAGGAUUGUUUUUUUCUGUGUGAUUUUAUGAGUAUAGUUCAGAAGGCAACUUCUUACGGGCGGAUUUGAAGCCGCCUGAUUCAUAGCCUUUGGAUAAUAGCAGAAUCUACUGCCCUUCUCAUUCUGUGUCUGUAUUCUUGUGUAAUGGUUACUGAAACUUUCGUCUCUGAUUAUUAGCAAGCACGUGGUCAUCUGCUUGUGUAGUCCUUUGCCGUGAGGGGAAAAAAAGCUUGAUCAUCAACGGUUUUGCAAUAUGCCCUUCAGAUGAAGGGAUAUAAACACAGUGGAAGGCUAACCACACGGUUUGACCCAAGACCUCAAGGUUUGUGUCCGUAAGAUCUACCUGUUGACAUGCCAGUCAUCUCUUUUUCUCAGGAACUUCUAUGCAGGGAGUCUGAGAAAAGCAUUUUCAGCCAAACUAGGAAAUAGCCACCAUCUCUCAGACAGGUCUUGUCCCAUACCUUAUUCUUUGUCCUUGGGCCACGCGUCUGUCACCGUUUCAUCUGGAACUGUACAUACAUUUUGUCCUCCAUGCAAAAUCAUGUUGUAUUGCUGCUGAGAGCAGGAUCUGUAUCUGUUGCGCUUCCCUUUUAUGCAUUUUAAGCGCUUAUUUAAAGUAGUUUCUUUUAUGUUACGCUGUUAUAUUGGAAGAGAAACAUCAACAAAUUCUCAACUCCUGCCGUCUGGGUCAUUGACGGGACUGCCCAUCAUGCCAACAACAACUCUCAGUCUAGUCGGUUUCAGUCAUUGCCACAGUUCGGCUGAUUGUCUAUUUCAAUAACUUGCUAGAGCAAGACUAGGUUACUUUUAAGAUGGUCUUUUAAACAUUCCAGUUUUUGUAUGUACAGCAGGCCAAACUCAGGGCUGAUCAUGUAGGACAUGAAAAUGAUGAAUGUUUGAAUUUCUCUGGCUGCUUUUUUAACAACAUACAGUAAGCAACUCACACAUCAUCAGUAGAUGUAUAAUGGCCAGUCAACAACUCAACAAGAAGUUGCGUUUACUGAGAUUUUAACAUAUUUGUUUAAUAGCUUCAUGUCAGGUCUGUUAAAAGGAUAGUUCACCCAAAAAUGAAAACUGUGUCGUUGUUCGCUUAUCCUUACUACUUCUGCAAAAAGAAGAUAUUCUGAAGAAUGUUUCCAAAACAGCAAACUCGAGCAUUGUUCAAAAUAAUGCUUUUGUGUGCUAAAUGCUAGCAAAAUUUUUAUUUUUGGGUGAAGGGUCCCUUUAAACUGCAAAAAUUGGUUGUUUCAGUUGUUAUAAACAGUUACGUUGUCACAAACGUCAUUUUUGCUCUUCUCUGAUGUGUUUUUUCGUGUCAAACGUAGUCUUUGCUUUGCUCUAGAGUCUUAUGCAUCGGAUUUUGUGUUUAGCACAUCCCACCUUCAGCGUUAGGAUUGUGUGGGGCAAAUAAACCUCUUGUUUUGUCUAAAAUGAAGGAAAUUGUGGUUUUGCCAGGGUCAGCAGAUGUCUUGUCAGUCUCAGAUAUGCAUUUUAUUCAGAAACAGCCCUUCAGGAUAAGUUCUAAUUCAGAUACCUCAUUUGCUGCUUGUUAAUUUAAUUGCAGUUCUAUCUUCAACACGGCACACAUGUGUAAACGAUUUGGUAGUUUUGAUCAUUGUGUGUUUGGCAGCAGAGUUUUCUUAAACUGGAUGAGUUGAUUGUCUCAUUUUACCUCAUUUUGAAGCUUCAGGAUGGUUUUUGCUCCACUAUAUUAAGCAUGGAAUGGUGAGGAGAAUAGCAAAGUGCAUGAAAUGAGAGUUUGGGUGAUCAGAGGGUUCCCCUGUCAAGCCAUACCUCUCAAAACAGACACAUGGUUGCAUAUGGGCCAUUUUUGUACUGUGCGUAUAAUCAGUGCUUAUUGCUCAGGUGCCCUCCGGAGGCAUGCAAAAGCGUACUCUGAGUGUGCAUUGAAGUAUGGAAAACUCAACUGUCCUCCUGGAAAAUUAAGGCUUUACUGACAGGGGAAAAGCAACAACAAAUAGUAACACUGAUGCACAGGCAUUUUUCUAAACAAAUCGUGUUUCUCUGGUGCUUCAUGGUGACAUUUCUAUUCUGGUAAUGUGAGAAUUCAUCCUUUUUUUGUAUAUCCCCCCUCAACCAGCAGACCUGUGCUUUCUGAGAUUCUCAGCACACAUACUGUGGACACAUUUGUGUAACACCAGCAACAGUAUGCGCUCUGACGUCUGUCGGUUGAAUGUGAGAGACACAACAUCAGUCUCAGCACACACAAAACUACCGCAUGUGUCCGUCUGUCAUUUGUUUGUAUGCUCUCAUGGCCUUCUUUGUAAAAUUAAAUCUAAAGAUUGUAAAGAUUUUAAGACGCAGGUGAAAAGGUUGAGGAAGCGUUCGCUGACCAUUCAGUUUUUCUUUCUGAGAUAUGGGUAAUAUUGUUUGACGUCCCCAUAGAAAUGUUCUACUCUGCAGCGAUAUGACCUGUAGGUCUUGUUUUCCGCGCUGUGGCGUCGGUUUUUCAUAGUCAGAAUAUAUAAGAAUGUGUCAGUUUACUCACUUAGAUUGGAUCUAAUCUUUUUAACUGGAACAAAUGUGCCCUGUGAAUAAUUGAUGCAGUGAAGUUAUAUCUGAUGACUGAUCAAAUGUUGGUACUCAAUUAUAUCAUACAUGAGCUGUGAAGGGUGGAAGGA